CGAUAAAAAGAAUGGGGGCGCUCUUCGCACUAUGCGGGACAUUCAAAAUGGCUGCGCCCAUGGCAAAAAUAUUUCCGUCUGUUCAAUUCCCUUUACCAACAAAUGGCUCAGACGAAAAAGAUUCAGAGUAUGAAUUUCGAAAUGCUGUAUUUAUGAUUCAGUCGCCAUUGAAGUCACGUAGGUGCUUACUGACGGGUAAGCAUGGGAGUGGAAAGACCUCCUUACUCUUCCAGUGUGCCGUGAGCUGUGCGUUGGAUGGGCAGAAAGUGGUCUUCAUUUCGCAUCGGAGGUUCCAGUCCAUGCCACUGUCUGUGCAUGGGGCUCCCUCGCCUGACCCACUCUUGAUGAAACACAUUCACAUACUGUAUUACCAGGAUCGGCCAUCUUUGCUGCAGUAUCUUGCCGGUAUCCACUCCGUUCCAUCCCCUCCUGAUGUCAUUCUAGUGGAUGACAUUGACUUCUAUGCAACUCAUCCAAAGACACAGGAUACUGGCUCGACCACUGCCCUGCUGUGUGCUUACUUGAUAGACGCUGGUGCCUUCAUUGAUACACACAGAGCCAAUAAUCAAACACGGGGUAGGGAGAACGACCAGCGAUGUCAAUUAAUCGCAUCCGUUACCACGCCGAGCAGUGGAGAGGUGGCCCUGGAACAUGUAUACCAGAGUUUUCUCCCGACAUUUCUAAGGAUUUCAGGUGUGCAAGGCACGAAUGAGGUCUACCAACUCUCCCUCCACCCAAAUGGUACAUCCCAGGCAACCUGCAUCAUCACAUACGAGAUCAGGGACAGCAUCAGGCUGUUGGAUUACCAUGUAGGGGACGCUGCACUCGGCUUGUCGCAGGACUUCACUCAGGAAUAGAAAGACAAGGGUUUGUUAUUAAAGUAAAUAGUAGUGCAAUAAAAUUGUUUCUAUUUCUCUUGCUAUUUGGAUUUGAAGUUUUGACUUUUGUACAGCGAAAGCUGGAGCUAGAUAUUUAUACUGCACUCCUUAAUGGGCAUGCGAUAUCUAGAUUUAUUGAUGAAAAUUUAAUGCAUAUUUAAGCCUGUUGGCCGACAUAUUCAGUUUUUGAUUACUGCUACCGGUAUUUCAACAGGAUGUGGUGGUACAGGUUUAUAUGCUAAUGAAAAGUUUAACAUUCGUGAGCAAAAUACUAAUGUUAGGCCCCCCCC